AGAAGAGCCCAAUCCCCCAACAUGCACUAUUCCUAUGUUUGAAUGACGCAGGCUUCGCUCCAAUGUAUUUACAUUUGGACCCCUUGAUAUUGUGCAUUUAAAUUCUGUACCUUUAGUCCUAUUGUAAACUUGGAGUGUACAUCAGUGUGGAAAGUCUUUAAUGAUCAGAGUGAUUCAAGGAAGCAAAGAAAAUGCAACGGGUCUAUCUAUAUUAUGGCCUCUGGAGACCAUGCCUGUGAGAAGAAAGGAUUUCAGAGUCUCGGGAAGGCGCCGCCCAGUGAACUUCGCAAACACGGGAAACGUCCUGUUGCUGUGAGCAACAUGAAGGAGGUGGAUUUUUUUCAAAAGGAAGAGAUAAAUAAAAAGAGAUCUCCAGUGAGCCGUACUGCACACAGCUCUGGCAGUAAAGUAAAACGAGUGGUGUCCUGUAAGAGGAAGACGCGCCACGUGACGGUGACCUCUGGGGGGCGGCGGAGGCCGUCCACGGCAGUAAGGAGCUGUGACAUGGCAAACAAGGAGAAUGAAAUGGCCUGUGCAGAGGACCAGAAUGGAAUGCUGUACGGUGACCAUCGUGGGUUCCCUUUGAACUCUGCUGAGGCCACCAAGGUGGAUGGGGCUGGGUCCAAAUACAGCGACUGCUUCACAGAGCUUUCAAAGGAUCACAAUACAAUGGCACAAGUGCUUUUUGGAAGAAAUCUUAGGCUUACUGUUGCUUUGACUCUGUGGAGAAGAAAUGCUGGGGAAUUGAUUGCAUACCUUAUCAGGAUCCAGGAUACAGGUGUGCUUGCUGACUGCUUGCCCGUAAUUACUAAAAGCCUACAAGAUGAAAAACCAUGGAUAACCAUUGGCUGUUGUGUGGACCUUCUACCACUUGUCAAAAAUAUGCUUACCAGCCAAUAUGAAGAAUACCUGAUAGUGGGUUUACACUGGGUUCAGUCUGUGGUAAAAAAGUGGUGGCCAGAGCUAUCUGCAAACAACAAAAGUACACCUGACAGCCAUUCAGAUGAUAGGAAUAUUCAAGUCAUGAAGCAACAGCUCCAGGAAUUGUGGGAACAUGGCUGUCAUUUAAGUUUAGUUCCAGGAACUACAGGAGAAAUGGCAAGGGCUAUAGAGUCCUUUUUGUCACAGCUGCACUGAGAUUACCAUGUAGCAGAGGAACCAACCACUCCAAGCACUUCAUAGCAGUUUAAAAAGCUGCUUUUCAACUUCUGAUUGACACUGGUACCAGAAACUGAUCAAGGUUCCUGGAUCACGCGUCACCAGUGGGGUUAAAGAAUUGAGUGACCCACUGAUGCUCUUUAAAAGUGAAGACAAAAAAGCCUCCAUGAAAUGCGAAUGCCUGCUUCACAUUGAAGUGGACCGUUUGCUUAGUGGCACAGGUUUGACUUUAUGAGGUGCAAAAGACUGUCAGUCAAGACUGUUUGGUGAAGUGCCAAGCUAUUUUUCUUCUCAAAGCAGAACUGUUCUGCCAUGCAAUAUGCUUUUUGUUUGUUUGGUUUUUUUUUUCUCUGUCGACAAAUGUAACCCCCCCCCCCCCCAAGCCAUUCAAAUCAAGAACUUGAACUGCAGCAGUCUUAAGUUAUUAGAUCGUUUUCAUCUGCUUAUUCAUGAGUAAAAUGUACAUAAGAUUUUAUCUAUUAUUAAAUACAUUUGCAAUGUG